AUGGCCGCAGACCGCAGUACCUCUCCAAUCCCUCCUGCAUUCCGGGUUAACGUCCCUACUGAACAUCCCACGCCCACCCAUCUGAAGUACUGGCAUUACCCAGAGCUAUGGGAUGGCGACUCGACGGUCUCCUCCGUGUACUGGAACGACGCCAUCAGGGAGCUUGUCAUCGGCAAUAGCGCCGCGGUUCACAACGCUGGUUGGCCCUUACUUUGGAUCUUUCCGCACAACAAAAAGAUCACGCCCGCGGACGCCAAGGAACUGGUCAGCCAAGCCCGAUUCGCAUAUCGCCUUGGUUAUACCUAUCAGGUGUUGUGUCGCCGGGAGAACUUUUGUCAAGGAAUUCCAUCUCCCCCAUCCUUGAAAUGGGUGGCAUUCUUGAACAAGAACUACCUGAAAGAUGUUACGGAGGGGACGCACUACGAGUUAAUCAGGAGAUUCAUUCAAAAAUUCCACGAAGCGAUCAGAGAGCACAUGGCCACCCUUCGGGGCCAAGAAAGCAAUUACAACCUCGUGAGCGAGUUUGAAACCAGGUUUCUCGAGGAGGGGAAUUUGCGUGCGGGUACCGAUGAAUAUGAACCGGAUUGGUUCAUUAAUCCUGAAGGAUCAAUACAUACCUCUAGUCACAAUCGUGUGCUACCGUUCAUAAUGGGUCUGUUUGCCGCCAAGGCCGACAUGGUGAAAGUAGAUGAGAUUGCAAGAUCCGGGAAUGCCAAAGAAGGGCUCAAAGAUUUUAGUAUCAGAGACUUCGACAACUUGGAAUAA